CCGCAGCGCCUCCUUAACCCGCGCGCAGGGAAGCUGCCUCUGGAGUCCAUCCAGGUGGUGCUGGAGGAGCUCCGCAAGAACGGGAACCUGGAAUGGUUAGAUAAGAACAAAACCAGCUUUCUGAUCAUGUGGAGGAGACCAGAAGAAUGGGGAAAGCUCAUCUAUCAGUGGGUGUCGAGAAAUGGCCUGACCAACUCUGUGUUCACCCUGUAUGAAUUGGUCAGUGGAGACGACACAGAGAGUGAAGAGUUCCACGGCUUGGAUGAGGCUAUGCUGCUUCGUGCCCUGCAAGCCUUGCAGCAGGAGCACAAGGCUGAAAUUAUCACGUUGGACGAUGGCCGAGGCGUCAAGUUCUUCUGA